AUGGAGCAACUGGCUGCUCCCCUUGCAGAGCAAGAGCCCAAAGCUGAGGAGCUCAAGAAGAUCGAUGAGCACCUCAAAAAAGCUCAGGCUGCUGUUACUACUGGCGGCGUUUCGCUGGAUGCCCACAUGAAAGGCGCCAUGGCCUGCUUGAAGGCGUCCCUCACCAAAAUGAAGGACCGACUCAAAGAGGCUGCUCAGAAGAUCGAGAAGGUGAAACAAGCCACCAAGACCCAGCGAGAAAAGGCCAAUGCAGAGGCCUACGUGAAGGAGGCUGAGCAGAAGGUGGAGGAUGUUGAGGCCGCACUCCAGAAAAUUGCAGAGGCUGAGCUUCCGUUCCUCAAAGGUAUCGAGGUUCUUCCCCUCAAGGAGGCCGCAACUGCUAUCGCCGACUGCGAGUCAGCCGCAAAGCAGGUGCAGGAGGCCUGGCAGAUGCCACGUCGACACUACUGCGAGGAUUCUUACAGCAUUCACUUACUCCUCCUCCUCCUCCUCCUCCCUGUCCCCCUCCUGCUUCCCCUCCUUUCGUCGCUGCUGCUUGGGCUCCUGCUUAUGCUUCCUGCUUAUGCUGUCUCCCGUGCCGACUGA